AUGUCGAAUCAAAUGGGUUUUGCUCCACCCCCGCGACAGACCUUGGAUCGCAGCUUCGUGGAAACCAUUCAACAGCUCUUGGGCACGGACAACGCUGUGAGAAAUGCGGCAGAGACGCGAUACGACACGGCAAAGAGGAACGAGCCAGCUACAGUUGUCGCAUCGCUAGUCGCGGUCCUGCAGCACUCAGAGCUUGAAGUAGCCGUGCGUGAGCAAAGCGCCGUGCUGCUCAGGCAGUGCUGCAGCAAGGUCAAGGAUACCGAUUCCACGUGGCAAAAACUCGGCGCAAAUCAGGAGGAUGUCAAGGAGAAGCUUUUGCAGUUGCUGGAGGCAGAACCGGCGACACAAGUGCGGAAGAAGGUUUCAGACUGCAUCCAGAGCCUUGGGAACCAGAUCAUCAACAUUGAAGAAAAUCAGCGUCCGCAAAACAUUCAGGAGUGGCCUACGCUGAUGCCUGGCCUUUUCCGCAUAAUCUGCGACAAGAGCAAGGACAGCAACCUCCGAGCAGACUGCCUCUGGAUUGUGAAGGAGCUAGUUCUCUCCGUUUGGCAAAUGCUCGUCGCCAACACUACUCAGAGUGGCCAGGUGCUGCACACGUGUUUAGAAGAUUCCGCUGAUCCUGUCCGUGCAGAAGCUGCUGCGCUUGUCACUUCGCUCGUAGACAGCAUCGAGAAAAAAGAGGAGCGCAAGCCAUUCCAGCCUCUCAUACCGGAGGUGAGUCGAGUAACAGCGCAGCUAGCAUCCAGCGCAGAUGCCAAGCAUUUGAACACUGUCCUGCUGUCGUUUCAAGCGACGGAGACUGCAGACUUCUACAAGCAGCAUGUAGUGGACCCAAGCAGAUUGCGAAACAUGGCCUCGGAUGGCGACCCAGCGCCCUCUGCAAUGAUGAGGUCGUGUGCUUUAAUGCCGGGCCUGCAGAAGAUGUUAAAGAGGGGCUCACUGGUCGUGGAGUUUGCUGGCGGAGAGAAGCACACUUUUGGUGACGGCAGCGGUGUGAGUGUGAAGGUCUAUGUUCGUAAUGGUCGCUUUGUCCAAAGAAUGGCACUGGAUCCAGGACUGGGCCUCGCCGACAGCUACAUCGAGGGCGACAUCGACGUGAAGCCAGACAUAACCGACCUGUUCCGACUGGUGCUGAGCAACAAGGAAAAGGGGGAUGAGUCUUCGCCCAUGGCCUGGUCGCCAGUCAGGCUAGUCUCCUCCCUGGCGAAGAGAUACUAUGCUCACCUACAUGCUGGCAGGGCCAACAGUCAGGAUGGUUCAAAGCGAAACAUCGCGGACCACUACGAUUUGUCCAAUAACAUGUUCAAGAUGUUCUUGAGUAAAGACAUGACAUACUCGGCUGGGAUUUUCGACAAGGAGGUCGAGGCCAUGAAGGCAAGGAAAAGUGGAGAUUUCCUCGAGCUGGCACAAAUGAAAAAGCUGGAUCGCAUGCUGGACUUGAUAGAUCUGGAAGACGGUGACAAGGUGCUGGAAAUUGGCUGUGGCUGGGGGAGCAUGGCAAUCCGAGGUGCGCAGCGAUGUGCAAACCUGUCAUGGACGGCCAUCACAUUGUCCCAGGAACAGUUGAAGCUGGCUGAGGAGCGCAUCGCAGCCGCAGGUUUCAGCAGCCGCAUCAAGGUUGUUUUCUGCGACUACCGGGAUGCAGCUUCUAAGUUUGGCUCGGGGGCAUUCUCCAAAGUUGUCAGCUGUGAGAUGAUCGAGGCCGUUGGUCACGAAUACCUUCCAGCUUACUUCGCUGCCAUAGACGAGUGCUUGAAGCCAGGAGGGAAGGCUUCCAUUCAAGCGAUUUGUGUGCCGGACGCCCGCUACGAGUCCUAUCGAGCUGGAUCCGACUUCAUCCGAGAGCGGAUCUUCCCUGGCUCCAAUUUGGUGAGCCUGAAAGAGAUUGAGCGUGCCUGCGAGAAGGGAAGGACGGCCUUGGUGGAGGCUGCGCCGCCCUUCUCUGUUGGCCUCGACUAUGCGAAGACAUUGCAUGAGUGGCGACGACGAUUUGCUGCUCAUGAGAAAGACAUCCGAGCAGAGGUCAGCACCUUCGGCAAGGGCUUCGAUGACAAGUUCAUUCGGCAAUGGCACUACUACUUCGCCUAUUGUGAAAUUGGUUUCGAAGUGGGACACAUCGAUGAUUGGCAAGUCUGCCUGCAGAAGCAACUGGAAAGUGAUGUCGGCAAAACAUCAAAAAAGAGGAAGGAGCGGUCCUUCGACGGUGAUGCUCUCCAUGCCUCCAAUGCCGGUCUCUUGUCGAGCGGGUGGCGAGCACUGAAACGGCCGAAAACUACCUGCAUUCAGAUGUGCGUGGGUAGUGCUCAGCGUUUACUGGAUCGUGGCUUGAUGCCAGACUGGCUAACUCGAGUCGGAAUACGUUUCAAGCUGGCGCAGAAAAUUAGCGAAGAGACACACGGUUGCGUCCGACUGGAUCAAGAAGCCAAGCAAGACUUCAUCGACUCCCUGAAGACAAUGCCUAUCGCAAUUUGUACUGCAGAAGCGAACGAGCAGCACUACGAGGUUCCACCCGAGCUGUACCACAUAUGGUUGGGACCACGAAAGAAGUAUUCUGGGUGCAUCUUUCCAGAAGAUGCCGCUGGUCACCUGGCCAGCCGCGCAGCCGAGCUCCCCGCAGCUGAAGAGCGCUCUUUGGAAGACUACGUAGAGAAGGCUGGCUUGCAGGACGGCAUGGCAAUCCUCGACCUUGGAUGUGGCUGGGGUUCGGCCAGCCUUUUCUUGGCAGAAAAGUUUCGGAAAGCCUUGGUCGUUGGGGUGUCAAACUCGCAUGGCCAGCGUGGUUGGAUCAUGGAACAAGCCAAGCAGCGAGGUCUGUCGAACUUGCGAAUAGUUACCUGCGACGUGUCGAAAGUCCCGUUGGUGGAUGCGGCUCUCCCUGUCCUGAAGAAGGAGCGGCCUGAAGCAGAAGGCUUCGAUCGAGUCGUGUCCGUGGAGAUGAUGGAACACAUGAAGAACUAUGACAUCUUGCUCGAGCGAGUCUCGGCAACACUUCGGCCUGGUGGCAAGCUGUUUGUGCACAUCUUCGUGCACACCCGCUUUCCGUACCACUUCGUGGCCAGAUCUGAAGCAGACUGGAUGGCUCGGUACUUCUUCGCGGGGGGUACCAUGCCUUCUGCCGACCUCCUCUUCUACUUUCAGCGGCAUUUGCAGCUGGAGAAGCACUGGCAUGUGAAUGGUCGACACUACCAGCUCACUGCAGAGGGAUGGCUGCAGAAUCUUGACGAGAACUCCGAAAAGGUCAUGGAGUUGCUGAAGCAGACCUACCCUGCAGGCACUGAAGUUAUGUGGUUCAAUCGAUGGAGGGCCUUCUUCAUGGCCUGCGCAGAACUCUGGGGCUACAAGGAUGGUAACGAGUGGAUCGUGGCCCAUUACCUUUUCAAAAAGCCUGACGCUGUCAAGGCGAAGAAGGCAACGAGCAGCCCGGCAAAGGAAGCAAAUUAA